UCAUAUAUAAAACCCUCAAUUCACAACUACAUCCCUCAUAACUUCCCUAGCUAUCAUCCUAAGAGAUAGAAAGAAAGAGCUAUUCUUCUUAUUUAUUUCAAUGGCCAAAUUUUCAACACCCCAUUAUGAUGCUGAUCCAAAGGCCAUAGAAACAAUCAAGGGCAUCAGAACCGUGUUUUAUCCAAGAGCAUUCAACAUCACAUGGGGCAAUGACAAUCGUUACUGGCGUUUUCCUCAAAAUAUUAAUUUGAAGGACCCAAAGUCAGUUGUGCAACUAUUGCAAGUGAGUUGGCUAGAAGUGACAUGUUCAACAGAUAAUGUGGAGGUAGGCAAGACCUAUAAAGUGGGCUUCAAUUUAUCACUUCAACCAGAUGCAUUUGGGUGGAAUGAGGUUGAGGUUUUCAUAAUGGCUAAGGUUGGAAAAAAGGGAAACUACAUUUUCAAGAAGACUAAACUUGGGAACAAACCCACAAACACCACAAAGUUUUGUUUUCCUGAGGAGGGUUUGGAAAUCAAAGUUGUUGCACCACCAAGCUCCCCAGGAGAUUCCAGGCUGUAUUUUGGACUUUAUGAAGUUUGGAGUGGCAAGUGGAAGGGAGGCCUGCAGAUUCAUAAUGCUUUUGUUCACAAAAUUUAGAGUUGAAUUUGGCUUCUGUUACACUUAUUGUAUUAUCAAAAUUUUUUAAGGAUUACUUUUUUUUUUUUUAUUAUUAUUAUUCCUAUAAUUUUUUAAAUAGAUGUGUAAUUUGGUCAGGAAGG